AUGUCUUCAAAAGUGCGACUCUACCACUGUGACUCCUGCUCUGCAGAUUGCACAAAUCGUAUCCGAAUAAAAUGUGUCAUCUGUUCAGAUUACGACCUCUGUGUGCCUUGCUUCGCAUCCGGCUCGGCUACUGGAGACCACAAACCUUGGCACGAUUAUUGUGUUAUUGAACAAAAUACAUACCCCAUUUUUGUCAAAGAUUGGGGAGCUGACGAAGAGCUCUUACUUAUCCAGGGCUGCGAGACGUUCGGUUUGGGCAACUGGCAGGACAUAGCAGACCAUAUCGGCAACAGAUCGCGAGAAGAAGUGGAGGAUCACUACAAUAAGAUAUACCUCGAGUCACGUGACUACCCGCUUCCUGAUCUCUCCAAGGAUUUCAGCAACAUUCUGCCGGCCCAGUUUCUUGAGCAGCGCAAGAAGCGACUCGAGGAGCGUCGGUCGCAGCCGUUACCUCCUCCCAAACCAAAGACUGCUUCUUCCGUACCAUUAUGUCACGAGAUUCAGGGCUAUAUGCCGGGCCGGUUGGAGUUUGAUCAUGAAGCCGAAAACGACGCCGAAAUCUGCGUCAAGGAUCUUAUAUUCGAUUCCGACGAUCUGGCGGGAGAUGUGGAGCUCAAGCUCACGAUUUUGGACAUUUACAACUCGAGGUUGACCAUUCGUGCCGAGAGAAAAAGAGCAAUGCUUCUCAAUAAUUUGUUGGAUUACCGUAAAAAUAUCAGUGCCGACAAACGUAAAUCGAAGGAGGAGAAAGAACUUCAAAAACGAAUCAACGCAUUUAUACGGGUGCUCACUCCUGAAGAUUUCGAGACGUUUUCCGAGGAUAUACUCACAGAACUCAAGUGUCGAAUACGGAUUCAGCAACUUCAAACUUGGCGUCGAAAUGGUAUAACCACCAUUGAAGACGGUAACAAGUUUGAGAAGGACAAGUUGAUCCGUGCUGCUCAUUAUCUGCGCAUGGGCAACGGAGCUGGAUAUAAUGGUCGUCACUAUAAUCCCAGCAUGAGUCUGUCGUCGACCCCAGGACCUGGAGUUCGCAAGUCGUAUUCAUCCUUGAGCUCGCCCCAAGCUGAAUACAAACCCAAGAUGGGUAAUGCUAGGGCACCUUUGGAUAUAUCUCAUGCUGCUGACUUUGAGCUUCUUUCCAAUGAAGAGAAGCAGUUAUGUGCUACACUUCGCAUUCUUCCCAAACCCUACUUUGCCAUAAAAAAUCAAUUGAUGAAGGAGGCCAUCAAGAACAACGGAGUGUUGAAGAAAAAGGAUGCUCGCCAGGCGCUCAAAAUCGAUGUCAACAAGGCCAGCAAAAUUUACGAAUUCUUUGUUCAAAUGGGAUGGUGUAGUCAGGGUUGA